CGUGGGGCACAGCCGUGAUGGAAUUGCAGAGCUGGCUGCUCUAUCACUUAGUUGCCGUCACCGACUGCAAUCAAGGUAGCGAGGAUACGCCGCUUCGUCGUGUCUCGAGCACUUCCACGAACCCGCGGCAUUUGUGUCUCACGCAUGUGUCGUCGUUUAACGGCCUCGCCGUUUAACCCUUGGUUCAUUUUAGUUACGUUUGCCUGAGUUUGCCGGACCAUUGUUCACGCACAGUUCGCCGCUUCUUUAUUUAAUUUGCCAUCCCGCUAUCACGAUCCGGAGGAAACGGUGGUCUACCGAUGCCCGAUGUGAUGCAGUCGGCAAACACAAUCGGAAGUGGCGGCGGGGGCGGAGGCGGUGGAUCGUAUGCCGCCGGUAGCGGGACCGGAAGUCGCACUCGCGAUCUGGGAUUGCGCGCCCAGAAGAAGCUACUCGGCCGCAUCAUGUCCACCAACGCGGGCCGCUCGCUCUUCAUCGACGACGCCACGACGUCGUUGCUCGAUAAUCUGUACAAGCUGAUGGAGAGCGUCGCCAAGAGCAACCCGCACCUGGACAAGAAGGAGCCCGAGAAGGUCCUUAAGAACAUCGUCAAAUUGUCCAUCAAGAUCGGACUCGUGCAGCGCAGUCAUCAAUUUCGUUCCAACGACGCCGAGAAGCUGGAGGAGAUCCGGGAAGCUCUGGGGACCGUGGCGAUGACCGUCGUGUCGUUCUACGAGGUGGAUUACAGUUAUGACCAGGAGUACCUGACGGGCUCGAUGGAGCGUUGCCGAUCGUUGCUGCAGCAGCUGAUAAAGCCGCACCUCACGGACAAGUCGUCGCAGCGUUGCGACCAGGUGUUCGAUUUCCUGGCGUACCCCAAAUUCCUGGACUCGGUGUUCCGAUACGACUCCGAGCACAGACCUAUCCUCGGCAUGCUAGUCAGUGACCUCAACAAGGCGUUGGACGCCAGGCGGCUUUGAUUCUACAAGAAUGAUACUCGCGUAACGUUAAUAAUAAGAAGGAACCGACGUCCGACGACGCGAUCCGAUCGCCGGGAACACGCCGGAAACCGUCCCCUUCGGCAACGGUGGUCUCUCAAUCGCGAUCGACGACGGGUCAAUCGAUGAACGUAGCGCACACGACCCGUCGGACACGCGCGCGCUUCGUUGCACUUAAUUUCACGGCAAAUAGACAACGUGCUGCAUACUUUCAGUGUGACGACAGUAUAGUUUCCUCUAGUAACACUAGAUUAAAAGAAGAAAACGUUUCUUGCUCGCCCCCACCCAGUAAACGGGUCGGGAUACCCGGUGCGGACCACUCGCUCACUGAUUUAUGCAAUAAUUGUCUAAUAUUCCGCUUAUUUUAAGGACGCAGCCUCGCACCUGCAUGGCGCAAUUGGUGUAUUAUAUAUUUAUGUACGGGAUACGUACCGAUUAUAUCAAACCAACACAAGAAAAGGAGUAUAAUGAGCUUAUACAUGGGGGAAGAUAGAAAUUAAAUAUUAAUCCUGAAUGCGUUCUUUGCACAUAAUUUUAAUCUGCGUAUUGAGGUCCGACUCGAUGAACUUACUUUUGUUUAUGUUCAUUAGUUCACAUGAGCGGAGAACUUGAAAUUUCUUCCAUUCGAAUAUAAAGGUUUAUUUUGUUAUGCUACUCCGAUUCAUCGUAUAAAGUUAAUUUUCAAUAAUGAAGCUAUGCAAUAUGCAAUGACUACGAGAACUAAUGCUAGCGAUUUUUCUAUAUAUUCCAAGAUCAAAGCUAGAGUUGGGCUUUAAUUUGCGAACGUAAGGGAUUCUACACGAAGUCAAAGUCCUGCGACAAAAGCAGGUUUGCGUUUUUACCAUGUGUCGCGACGAGUACAAAAAUUAAGGGAGAGAACGUUUCCGAAAAUUGUUAAAGUCCAUUCGCCGACUAAAUAUCUCCGUAAACAUGUAAGGCAGAUUGUCUUUCCCAUAUUCUACGCCGCGUGAUUAGCGCUGUCGCGUGCAAUAAUAGUGCAUUGCGCGAAUGAGGAAUUUCCUUCGUCUCUCAUGUCAAACUGAAAGUCAACAAUUAUGGUCACGCGACACACCCUUGUACUCUAUACAAUCUCCAUUCCUACGGUUCCUCUUUAGAUACGUUACUGCUGGAGCAAAGUCGACUUUGAACCUUGAAAUAGUAUUAUAUUAGAUCAUUUAAUAUAUGUUUUUAAAUAUAAUUUUGUAACGUUGAGAAAAAUGCGGCGACACAUUCGCGAAUAUUUUAUGGCCAAAGCGGGGAGCACACACUUUUGUAUAAGUGCAUAAGCAUAUGCAUAAUUAAUUUGAUUGGUCUAUAAGUCAAUACACAAGGAAAUGGACGAAUCAAAUUCGUUAUGCAUAUGCUCAUGCACUUAUGCAAAAGUGUGUGCUCGCCGCUUUAGUUAGUUAUAUCGCGCCACGUUUCAGUUUUUGUUUUCUAUCGCGCGGAGUGCGGAGUUUCUUCGAGAGGGAUAAAAGUAGAUAACAUCGGUCGUCUUCUCGUGCACGCGCGAACAAUAAGACGCGCGCGCUGCGAAAUUCUCGGGAUGUGCGUCGCAACGAGCACAAUCCACUGUUAGCGCUUGCACGUGCACAUUUUUUUACAACGCACUCGACUAAAGGAACAAUUUCUACAUAUCUGAUUUCAUCGUGAUUCGAUCCCGAUGAUCAUUAGCGUAGAACACCGUAGAGGAAAGAAAAAUAGAAAAGGGAAACUCUAAUGGCAUUUCGCGCCUUUUGUAUGCGGUGUACACCCACUUUACACGUUAUUUGUGAUGACUGUCAAUAUUAAGAGAUGUAUGGAUACUAUGCCAUUAAUAAAUUAUUAACAAACGUC